UUAAAAAAAAAAUGAAUUAUGAUAUUUAUUUUUAUUACAAAAAUUCAGUAAUAAAGAAAAAAAAAAAAGUUGCGAAACAGGUGAUAUAUGUAUGGUAGAUAACUUAGUAGAGUGAUAGGGCUAAAAUUGUCUUUUCACAGAAAGACGGUGAGUGGGCCAUACUAGUUCAGUAAUUCUUAAAAACUCAAAUAAAUUAAUAAUAAUAAUUAAUUAAAAUUUGUUGAUAUGUUUUUGUAUCUUAUUUUCCUCUUCACUUUCUCACACUUUCUCACUACGGUCCGUUGGAGCCAAACAGUAUCUCACACGCAGUCUCUCUCACUCAAUCUUUCUUUCUCAUUCACUUUCUCUCUCUAAAGUUGUUUUCUUUCUCUCUCAUCACUGAACCGGAACAUGAGAGUGGGUAUUACAGACCACCACCAUAACCGGUAAUGAAUCCGAGCACUGAACAACCACCAUUACCACCUCAACCGCCGCAGCCCCACCGUCCUUCCACCUCCUGUGACCGUCAUCCGGAGGAGUCCUUCACUGGCUUCUGCCCUUCAUGCCUUUGCGAACGACUCGCCGUACUCGAUCAUUCCUCAGCUACUACUGCUUCGUCUUCUUCUCGAAAACCCCCAACUUCUUCCACUGCCGCCGCUGCACUUAAGGCCAUUUUCAAGCCCAGUGCUUCGUCUUCUUCCUCUUCUGCAGCCUUUGUAGCCGCCGCCGGUGGUGGUGCCGGACCUUCUUCGGGGAAUCGUAACAGACCCACUUCGUUUUUUCCAGAGUUGAGGCGAACCAAGUCCUUCUCUGCUUCUAAGAACGAGGGAUUCUCCGGUGUCUUUGAGCCACAGAGGAAGUCUUGUGACGUUAGGGUUAGGAACACUCUCUGGAAUCUUUUCACUCAAGACGACGAGAGGUUCCCUGGUGGUAAGAAAGAGUCGUCGAAACCAGGUACUGGAGCUGUUGAGAUUGAGGUUGAGACUAGGAAUAUUGGAGUAGGAGGGGCUUCGUCGAGUGUUCAAGGUCCUGUGUUUGAGUCCAAGGAGGAAGAGAUAGAAGAAGAGGAAGAGGUAGACGAGGAGUGUUUGGUGGAAGAAGAAGAAGGGGAAAUUAGGGUUUUCGAAGAAGCCAUUGUUGGGGGGAAUGUAAUUGAAGACAGAGUGGAGGAAAUUGUUGAGGAGGAAGAAAAAGAAUCAGUUGAGGAAAUAGAAGAAGAAGAACCGGAGCAAAUACCAGAGCUUGAGUUAAAGCCCAUGAAGGACCACAUAGAUCUCGAUGCACAAACCAAAAAGAGGGAUUUAAAGGAGAUUGCAGGUAGUUUUUGGUCUGCAGCUUCAGUUUUCAGCAAAAAAUUACAGAAAUGGAGACAGAAGCAGAAGAUGAAGAAGCGUCAAAACGGUGGCAGUUCAGCCACAUUGCCGGUGGAAAAACCAAUCGGAAGACAGUUCAGAGAAACCCAGUCUGAGAUCGCCGACUACGGCUUCGGUCGCCGUUCCUGCGAUACUGAUCCUCGGUUCUCGCUCGAUGCCGGUCGAAUGUCGUUGGACGCGGGUCGUAUGUCGUUUGACGACCCAAGAUACUCCUUCGACGAGCCUCGAGCUUCUUGGGAUGGUUACUUGAUUGGCCGCACAUUCCCCAAAAUGCCCACCAUGGUUUCGGUGGUGGAGGACCCUCUUCCUCCUCCUGUCCACGUUAUCAGGUCCGACAACCAAAUCCCAGUCGAAGAACCCAUCAAUGAGGACGAGUCAGUUCCUGGUGGGUCAGCACAGACUCGAGACUAUUACUCUGAUUCAUCCUCUCGUCGGCGGCGAAGUCUCGAUCGAUCAAACUCGAUAAGGAAGACGGCCGCUGCUGUGGUGGCCGAGAUGGACGAGAUAAAGUCAACUUCUAAUUCAAAGGUAUCUCCGGCCACCGUUGAUUACUUCCCUGGGCCGAAGCUUGGAGUUCCCGAUAGAGAUUCUAGAGAUUCCAACUCUAAUUCUUUGAGGGACGACUGCUCCGAAACUUUUGAUAUGGGGUUCCGGGAUUCUGCCUCGGUUAUCGGUAAUGGGGAUAGAAAAGGUCCCAAGAAGUCCCGCCGGUGGAGCAAGGCGUGGAACAUUUGGGGGUUUAUUCACAGGCGAGGUGGUAACAAAGAUGAAGAUGAAGACCGGUACAGCAGAGCCAAUGGGGUGGAGCGUUCUUACUCAGAAUCAUGGCCGGAGCUCAGAGGAGACCGAAAUGGCGAUGUUCGUGGCGGUUUCAAUCCGAAGAUGCUUAGGAGCAAUAGCAGCGUUAGCUGGAGAAACUCUCAGGGCUUUGGCGGAGGAGGAUCGUUCGGUAGCAUGAGGAAGAGCAACCCCUCCUCCGUGGCCUCUGCCACGGCCGCCGCAACCGCCGAAACUAAUGGGAAUGGUAGGAAGAAGAAAGAUGAAGUUGUUUUGGAGCGAAACCGUAGUGCAAGGUAUUCCCCGAACAACAUUGAUAAUGGACUAUUAAGGUUUUAUUUAACUCCGAUGAGGAGUAGUCGGAGGAGUGCUAAUGGGAAAAGUAGGUACAAUCAAGCACAUUCCAUAGCCAGAAGUGUACUUCGAUUGUACUAAAAGAAGAUUUUCCAAAACAAAUUAUUAGUACUUGAAAAUGAAUUAAGGUCCAUAAGCUGUUCUUUUGGGUUAUUAAUUUAUUAUUGUCUUUAAUUUUGCUGCUUUUGUUGUGUAAAACUACACAUGCCUUUGUAUUCUUCUUAAUGGUUGGUUGGUUGGUUGGUUGGAUUAUUGAAAAAAAAAAAAAAAAUUCCUAAAA